GAAAUUUGAACCAUAAAAGGCCAAAAAUCACUAAUAAAUUAUAUGUUUAUGAACCAAAUGCAAACAAAGUAGCACCUGUUUUGAACCUGCCAAAUGUUUGUAAAAGUCAAUCUAGUGUUGUGGUCUUGUCCGCCACUUUGGUUUUAUAUUGCACAUUCACACUCGUUUGUUUGAUUAUCAAUUAAUUGUAGAAUUUGAAUUUUACAUUUGUCAUAAAAAAGCAGCUUGCAUAAAGAGACUUGUAAUUGUUUCCGUUGAUUUCGCUCAAUUUGUAGUAAACCCUUCUGAACCCCAAUACCCAUUGAACGGUUCCGCAAUUGGCGCACAAAGGUGGAGUCGGCAGUCAUUAGUCUAGUGUGGGCUGUGAGAAGAUUUUUUCUGUGUAAUUGUGUCACGUAUAAAAGCUCGAUUUUGAAUGACCUUGAGAAAUUGUGAUGCUUUCUCUAAAUUAAUAUUGACCCGUGUCAACGGUUAACAUUAUUUCUUCUGGGUGGAUCUUCAAAACACAUUAUCUCAAGAUCAUGGUGGUGGUGCCGGAGAUGAUGGUGGGGUGGUGAAACCUCAUUUGCGCUAAUGGGUUGUGUGACGUCCAAGCAAGCGGUGUCGGUAACGCCGGCGGCAUUGGAUAACUCCGGGGUGCUAACUGGAGGAUCCGAAUUGGGGUCUGGUCGGAGCCGAUUGGGUAGCAUUAGUGGGUUGGCUUUCAACUUGAAGAAGGUGAAGAAGAGGUCGCAUGAGCCCCGGAGCGAGUUGGAUGAAUCGGGGCCGGCGAGUUCGAACGGGUGUGGGAGUGAAUCAGUGAGUUUUAGGCUGGGAAACUUACAUAGGUACGUCGAAGGGGAACAGGUGGCGGCUGGGUGGCCGGCUUGGCUUAGUGCGGUGGCUGGUGAAGCCAUUCAGGGCUGGGUGCCAGCCAAAGCCGAGUCUUACGAGAAACUUGAAAAGAUUGGUCAGGGUACAUACAGCUCUGUAUUCCGAGCUCGUGACUUAGAAAGUGGGAAGAUAGUUGCUUUGAAGAAGGUGCGAUUUGACAAUUUUGAGCCAGAAAGCGUUCGUUUCAUGGCUCGAGAAAUAAUAAUUCUUCGCCGGCUUGACCAUCCAAAUAUUAUAAAGUUAGAAGGAAUAAUUACCUCCAGAUUAUCAUGCAGCAUAUAUCUGGUGUUUGAGUACAUGGAACAUGACAUCUCAGGGCUAUUAUCUUGCCCAGACAUCAAGUUCAGUCAAGAACAGGUUAAAUGCUACAUGAAACAGUUAUUGUUGGGUCUUGAGCAUUGUCAUUCACGGGGUGUAAUGCAUCGGGAUAUUAAAGGUGCAAAUCUACUGGUAGAUAAUGAAGGAGUUCUGAAGUUGGCUGAUUUUGGGUUAGCAAAUUUCUGUAGCUACCGGCAGAAGCAACCUCUUACGAGUCGAGUAGUCACUUUAUGGUAUCGUCCUCCUGAGCUUUUGUUGGGCUCGACAGAUUAUGGAGCUUCAGUGGACCUCUGGAGUGUUGGAUGUGUAUUUGCUGAGCUUCUCAUGGCUAGACCAAUCCUUCAAGGAAGGACUGAGGUUGAACAGUUGCACAAAAUUUUCAAACUGUGUGGAUCCCCUCCAGAUGAUUAUUGGAAGAAAUCUAAACUUCCUCAUGCAACUUUGUUUAAACCCCAACAUCCUUAUGAGAGCUGUCUUAGGCAGACCUUCAAAGAUCUACCAAAAACAGCUGUUACACUGAUAGAAACUCUCCUAUCUGUGGAACCAUACAAGCGGGGAACUGCAUCCUCUACCCUGGAAUCUGAGUAUUUCAAGACAAAGCCUUAUGCUUGUGACCCAUCAAGCUUGCCGAAGUACCCACCAAGUAAAGAAAUCGAUAUUAAAUAUCGAGAAGAUACAAGCAGAAAGACGAUUGGUGGAAGAUCCCGACCUGAAACAAGGAAGCCAACCAGAAAACAGAAUGGAAUCAGUAAACUGGCACGAGAAGAGAAAUUGCCUGUUAAAACUCAAGUCAACCGUAAAACUAAUGGCAAUGCUGCAAAUAUUCUCAGUGGGGAUAAAGAAUUACGUCUGGACCUUCCAAAGCCAUCAACAGAUGGAACAGAAGAGGCGGCAUCCCAUGUAAAGAACACAUCUCAAGGUGAUGAUACCUAUUUGGGUCCUUUACAAGUUUCAGGAUCAAGUGGUUUUGCAUGGGCAAGGAGACAGAUGCAUGAUUCAUCCGUAAGAUCUCGGAGUAGGUCUAGUUCUAGAAGUCUAAUUUUUGAACCUUCGGAGAUGUUGCAUUCGAGAAAUAAUUUGGAUUCACAAGUGGAAGAGAACAAUGUUGUAAAUGGAAAUUGUGCCAAUUCUAAAGGAAAUGACUCUUGUGAAGCCUUCAAGCAUUCAAUGCUCAAACAGUGGAGGCAAUUAGAACGUCCAGAUUCCUUUGAUAUGUCCGACGAGUAUCACUCGCAGGAACUGUCAGUUGCAUUUUAUAAUAAAGAUGAACGGGCUGCCAAGAGAAUCAGUUUGGUUUAUCAGAAUCAGGAGGAGAAGGUUGAAUUUUCAGGACCCUUGCUCUCUCAGUCACAAAGAAUAGACGAUCUCUUAGAGAAACAUGAGCGUCACAUUCGCCAAGCUGUUCGAAAAUCAUGGUUCCAAAGAGUCAAGAGAAAUGAAAAGUAAUUGCAUGUAAUACUCGACUCAAGCGAUUCCUGUGAUGAGAUCUUGGCAACGGGAAUUGAAAUUAAGCCAACUCGAUAGUUGACAGAUUUACUGAUACACAAUGUUGCCUUUGAUGAAAAGGAUUGAAUGAGGACUAUGACCAACGAGGUUGAGGAGCCAAACUGAUUCAGUGAGUCUGAUAUACAAUCAAACAAGAUGAUCAUAGGGCUCCAUAUUAUUGCCUUUAUUAGUACCCUUUGACAUCUUGUUGAAUCAUUCUCCUAAGUUACUAAUGUAUAGGAAAUAUAUGGUAGUACCACAAAUCUUGGUGAUCGUUUCAUGCUUGGUUGUUGGUGUAAUGACUCUAAUUGUAUACUCAUCUCUAGGCUAAAGCGUAGCUUGUGAAUUUAUAACCAAUUGGACACCUCCUCGUAUAAGUCACUUUUAAAGGCGAGUUCUGUCCAAUGUGGUGGUUACAAUUUGUACAAGAGCCGGCACCCUUUUGGGGAUGACCAACGUGUGACCUAGGGAGGGUUAUUUCUUGUAGAAUUCUGGUUCCAUGAAGUCACUUAGUUGCGAAUAUAGAUCGUGGUGGGUGUCGAUUC